CACCGACAACUCUUCUGUAGGGCUAUCUACACUCGCCUUCCUCACUAUGACAGAAUGGAUGCACUUGCUUUACAGUGGGUUGACCUCCGAGGAAUUACAGGAACGUAUCCGUACCAUGGGUCACUGUACUUUGCUAUCCUCGCUGCUAUCCCCCGCUUGGGCCUUAUCAUCAUCCGCAACAUCAAAAUCGUCAUGAUAGCGGACUCCCCGGCUCUCGCAUGUGGUCUUAUAGUGGCGAGCAUGUUCCCCGCACUGAUAUUCCCACUGAUACUGUUAGGAGUUUAAAAGAUAUAAGGGUGGAUUGCCAGUAGAAAGAGACAGCGUGCACCCGAGCAC